AUGGAACCCCAUUCCCGUUCCAUUCCAAAUGUAACAAAUGGAGAAUUUUCUGAUGCCGAGCUGUUUCAAGAUUUGCAUGAGAAUGAGCAUUGCCCCGAAGGAACAAUCCCAAUUAUUAGACAUGCACGAGAGGAUGAAUAUUAUCCACACGGUGCUAUAUCCGCAGCUGCACGUAAUCAAAAGAAGCUUAAUAUCCGCGUUGAUUUAGAUGCUAAAGGUCAUGAGUACGCUGGAGUUGGACUAAGUGGUGGCAAGUACUAUGGAGCACGUGCAUUUCUUAACGUAUGGAAACCUGCGACAUUAGGUAAUGGGGAUCUUAGCUUUGCUCAAGUAGGGGUUCAAGCAGGUCCUCCAGACCGACUAAACUACAUUCAAGCUGGAUGGAUGGUUAAUUCGCGAGACAAUGAACCGAGGGUAUUCUUAUAUUGGACUAGUGAUGGAAACAAAAAAACUGGGUGCUACAAUCUCAACUGUCCUGGUUUCGUGCAAGUAACCAAUAAAAUUGGACUUGGUGCUGCCUUAAAGCCUCCAUCAACCUACAAGGGGACACAAUUCUCGAUACCGAUAGCCGUAUACCAGUUUAGAGGAAAUUGGUGGCUACAAGUGAAUGAAAUAAUGCUUGGAUACUUGCCUAGCCAUAUCUUCACUGAUUUAAGAACCAGUGCAACUGCAGUUAGCUGGGGUGGACAGGUUUUCGACGCAGGGAAAAUGGGUCAUCACACAUCAACUCAAAUGGGGAGUGGACAUUUUGCGAGUGAAGGCUUUGGAAAAGCAAGUUAUUUUACACAUGUUGAAUACAAACAUGAAACAGGAUACUUCUUGGCCGCCGAAGGACUGCGACAAUAUCAACAUGUCCGUAGAAGAAAGGGAAGAAGAAAAAUUGAUAGAUUGGUACUAAUAAGCCACAUAUUGGCCGGAGGGAUCAAAAUUCAUGUCCUGUAA